CCGUGGAGGGGGGCACUUCCGGUGUCCAGGUGCUGGGCUGGAGGAGGAACAUGGACCCCGGCAUCGCGGCCCGAGCUCGGUCGCUCUUGUGGGUGCUGCUGCCCUUGCUUGGCUCGGCCUUCGCCAGCGGCCCCCGCACCUUAGUGCUGCUGGACAACCUCAACCUGCGGGAGACGCACUCGCUUUUUUUCCGCAGCCUGAAAGACCGCGGCUUUGAGCUCACUUUCAAGAGCGCCGAUGACCCCAGCCUGUCCCUCAUUAAGUACGGGGAGUUCCUCUACGACAACCUCGUCAUCUUCUCCCCCUCGGUGGAAGAUUUCGGAGGCAACAUCAACGUGGAGACCAUCAGUGCCUUCAUUGACGGCGGGGGCAGCGUCCUGGUGGCCGCCAGCUCAGACAUUGGUGACCCGCUUCGAGAGCUGGGCAGUGAGUGCGGGAUUGAGUUUGAUGAGGAGAAAACAGCCGUCAUCGACCACCACAACUACGACGUCUCGGACCUCGGCCAGCACACACUCAUCGUGGCCGACACCGAGAACCUGCUGAAGGCCCCGACCAUUGUGGGGAAGGCGUCCCUGAAUCCCAUCCUCUUCCGAGGAGUUGGGAUGGUGGCCGACCCCGACAACCCUCUGGUGUUGGACAUCCUGACGGGCUCCUCUACCUCCUACUCCUUCUUCCCGGAUAAACCCAUCACCCAGUACCCGCACGCCGUGGGGAAGAACACCCUCCUCAUCGCUGGGCUCCAGGCCAGGAACAAUGCCCGCGUCAUCUUCAGCGGCUCCCUCGACUUCUUCAGCGACGCCUUCUUCAACUCAGCAGUGCAGAAGGCCACGCCCGGUGCCCAGAGGUAUCCACAGACGGGCAACUACGAGCUGGCUGUGGCCCUGUCCCGCUGGGUGUUCAAGGAGGAGGGUGUCCUCCGCGUGGGGCCCGUGUCCCAUCAUCGAGUGGGCGAGACCUCUCCCCCCAACGCCUACACCGUGACUGACCUGGUGGAGUACAGCAUUGUCAUCGAGCAGCUCUCGAAUGGCAGGUGGGUCCCCUUCGACGGCGAUGACAUCCAGCUGGAGUUCGUCCGCAUCGAUCCUUUCGUGAGGACCUUCCUGAAGAGGAAAGGUGGCAAAUACAGCGUCCAGUUCAAGUUGCCCGACGUCUACGGCGUGUUCCAGUUUAAAGUGGAUUACAACCGGCUGGGCUACACGCACCUGUACUCGUCCACGCAGGUGUCGGUGCGGCCGCUGCAGCACACGCAGUACGAGCGCUUCAUCCCCUCGGCCUAUCCCUACUACGCCAGCGCCUUCUCCAUGAUGGUGGGACUCUUCAUCUUCAGCGUGGUCUUCUUGCACAUGAAGGAGAAGGAGAAGUCAGACUGACGGGCCUCAGCCUGGGACUCCUAGCAGCGUGCACGUGGGGUUUGUCGGGGUGGGGUUUUUAUUUUUUAAGCCGUGGGAAGCGCACGGCCUUACCUCAGCGGGAGAUGGGGGUGGGGGCAGGGAAUCGUUUCAGUGUGGUUCUUCAGCCUGCGCUACCGGGUGACACCCUGCAGGCGUGGGCGCUUGUCGCAAAUAAAAGGAGAGCUGCCCCCGA